UUGACUAUACCAGCGAUUAGAAUGCAUAAGAAUGAUGAUACAGCUAUGGAAAUUGGAUGAAAAUCGAUUUUAGAAAAUCUUUGAAAAUAAACUUCAUGAAAGUGGUAUUGAGCAUGUUCUUACAAGCAAAGACCAGAAUCCAGUAUCUCAAUAUCAUAAAAAAUCCCAAGCCUCCAAAGAAGAAAAAUAGGAUGCUUCAUCGACAUAUCCCUCCAUCCUCACCUCCUAUCACCAAAAACACCCUCAUAAUCCCCCAAAAGCCUCGUAAAACCCCAGAUCUGCCUCCCAAAAUCGUUCAAAGCCCUUAUUCAAACUUCCCAGAUCCCUCCCCAGCCCCACCUCCCAGAUUCACCCAACGAACUCUGAACCAGUCCUUGACCAAGAUCCCAGAGAUUUCCCAAGAAUCUCCAAACUCCUCCGCCACUUCUUCAGUGGCUUCUUCCCAAAGAAUUAACGCAGAUGAGUUACAAAAAUUUAUGUACCACGACCAGUCAUUAAUCACUGAGAAUGAAGAAGAAAAAGGAAAUAAAUUAGCUGAUAAAGUCAAGGACUCAGUCAAGUAUUACAAGAAGAAAAGUCUGCAGAACAUAAAGGACAAACUCAAUAAAAGUCAGACUUUUAGAAUACAAACUCCUAAAGGCGAUGAUGAAGAGCUCAUCGGAGGGUUCAAAGAGUAUCUAGACCCUGGGCCGAAGAAUAGCACUCAAGAGUACCAGCUUGAUCUGCAAAGUUAUGAUAGUAAUAGCAAUGAAGAAUUCAAUGAGGAUUCACUUGACUUGAUAGAAAUGUCCCAAGACUCUGAAGCAUACAGAGAGAAAGAUGAUGUAUCAAAUAUAAAAAGAGAAAGAGGAUCUUCUAGAAAAGGUGGAUUUUUUAAUAUCCUAAAUUCAUCAAUCAAGAAGACUAUGCAGAUACUCUCCAGUCCUUUUCAACCCAAAUAUCGCCAAAGUAGGCAAUCGAGGAACCAUAACCUUCGAGAUCAUUUCAAAAAGUAUAAGUAUCUCACUAAAGUUGGAAAAAUAAAGAACACUAAUAAGAAAGUUCCUCGGUGGGCUUCUAAUCAUAGUUUCUUGUCAAAGUUCAGCAAGCACAUCAAGAAGGUUCAUCAGGCAGAAGAAAUACUAGGUGCAAUGAACCUCAAAAAGGAGAGUAGUCUCAAAAUGGUUGAUAUUUUUGAUCUUGACAACCAAUUGCCUAAUAAUUGUCACAAAUCUCCUCUAUUCACUUCAAAUAAGAAGAAAGCAAUGCGUGAGAUAGACCAAAGAGGGUCUUCAGCAAACUGGGAUGAUAAGGACGGUACGACUGCUAGGAAAUUUUGCAACCCUAAACAAUUCUUGAAACACAAGAAGAACGAUUCAACUAGAAAGAUGCUGAAGUAUCCUAACAUGGACUCAUAGAAUUCCCAUUUGAAACUUCCUGAUAGGAUGACAUAAUUUGGGUUGCUUCAAAGUAAUUUUCACUAAAUAGCUCUA